AUGGCGCUCAACAUGGACGACCUAAUCGGGUCGAUGCAGCACGGCUUCCACGCCGGCGACCGCGGCAACGAGCUCAACGAGAUUCGCGAAUCGCUCAAAAUGUCGUUAGGUCAACAGCAGCCUUCCUUCUCACACGCCAACGGCUCCACGAGCAACGCUGGUCCAUCCGGCUCACAGUACGCCUCGUUUGGCCACCCAUUGUCGCGGCGCAAUCCCUUCCAGCCGCAGCACGCCGUCAGCUCGCUAGACGCCGACGUAGCCAUGCUGUCGUCUUCCUCUUCAUAUCAGCAGCAACAACAACAACAACAACAACAACAACAACAACAACAACAACAACAACAACAACAACAACAACAACAUCAGCAGCAACAGCAGCAGCAGCAGUAUCAGGGGUACUACCCGCAGACGUCGUCGUUUUUCGGGGCAGGGGCAGCGGGGGGACCGGGGUCGUGGGGGAGCACGUCGUCGACCAGCAGCAGCAGUGCCGGCUUCCCCGCGGGAUCCGGGUGGGGGUAUGCACCCGCUCCGGCGAAUACACCACAGCAGACACCCGUCGAGGCGUCGGCGCUCGCGCGACAGCUGCAGGCCGAGCUCGAGCGGCAGUCUGCGCUGAGCUCACCACCGCAGCAACAUCAGCACCAGCAGCAGGAGCAUCCACAUUAUGCGCCACACUCGGCGGCGGGAGUACAUGACGCGGGCUCGCCCGCGCUGAGCAAUGGGACGAGCAUCUCGCCGCCGAUCGAUCCACCACUGAGUCCACACGCUGCGCCCUCCGCAGCGGCAGCGGGGGAUGAACCACGCAGCUAUGUAAACGGGUUCGAGCCCGCGGACGAGGCGGCGACACCGGUGGGCAGGGGCAGUCUGAGUCCGCAUCAUCAGCAAAGGCUCGCAUCUCCACAGCAGCGAGGCAGGUUUGGUUGA